AUGAUACGUCUUUCAACUCGCAUACUAACGUGUCCAGUUAGAUCAACAACGCCAACUUUCCAAUGGUAUGUGAAAAAGCAAGUGCUUGAUUUCGUCAACAAAAUUCUAACCUACCAGCCUCUUCAAACCCCAAAGCAAAGGCAAGCUAACGCCAAGUUUGCAAAGAAGAAUGUCAACAAGCAGGGUAAACCAAGAGACACACAAAAGAAGACCGAGUUCCCUGUUUCCAAAACAUGGAUUUUCGUCUUGGCUUUCUUGAUCUGCGGUGGAGCAGUCUUGGAAUUGGUCAGAAUGUUCUUCUAA